CUCCAAACUCUAGGGUUUCUUUCUCCUUCGCGGCCACGAGUUUAGCUUCAAGGGUUUCUCCGCUCCGCUUCAAUGGCGCCCACGAAGAAAACGAAGAAGACGACGGAGAGCAUAAACAACAGGCUGGCUCUGGUGAUGAAGAGUGGCAAGUACACUCUAGGGUUCAAGACCGUCCUCAGAUCCCUCAGGAGCUCUAAAGGUAAGCUGAUUAUCAUUGCAAACAACUGCCCCCCUCUUCGCAAGUCUUUAAUUGAGUACUAUGCUAUGUUGGCCAAGGUUGGAGUUCAUCAUUUUAAUGGAAAUAAUGUUGAUCUUGGAACGGCCUGCGGCAAAUAUUACCGAGUGUGCUGCCUCAGCAUUAUCGAUCCUGGCGAUUCAGACAUCAUCAAGACCCUCCCUGGUGACCAGUGAAUUUAGCAAAAAAUGUCGGUGGUGCUUUUACAAAUUUGAUGUAGUUGUCAUACAUGGGAAUUGUUUGCUUCAUGUUAUGGUUGUUAAUUUUUACCCGAUUUUGGUAGGUAACUUUUAUCAGUUUGAAAUACUUAAUCAUGCUUCAGGAGCAUUUUUUUUGCUUGUCACUGUUCAAUAUCUUGUUAAGAUGCUGCUGUCAUGAUAUGAUAUUUCCAGUUUAGGAUUGUAUUUGAAUGGAGCAAAAGUGGAAUGGGUCAUAUUUA